UGUACAGCCCUAAACUAGAGUGAGAACGAGUGAGUGUGAGGUCCGAGAACCGGAAAAGAAAGGAAAGAAGAUGUCGACGUUUCAGCUGAGAAACCUCAACGAGCUCUUCGCUACGACGUCGUCUCGGAUUCCGACACCAUUCCGCCGCCGCAGCACCAAGCCCUUCUAUUCUCCCUCUUCCUCUUCUCCGAGAAGGAGAAAUGUCUCAAAGCGACACCGUUUCGACGCCGUCGUCAGCUGCUCCUUCCAGCCAAUGGAGACCGCCAAGAUUAAGGUUGUCGGCGUCGGUGGCGGCGGCAGCAAUGCUGUCAAUCGAAUGAUUGGAAGUGGUUUGCAGGGUGUCGAUUUCUAUGCGAUAAACACGGAUGCUCAAGCACUAGUACACUCUGCUGCUGAGAACCCACUUCAAAUUGGAGAGCUUCUGACUCGUGGACUAGGUACUGGCGGGAAUCCACUUUUGGGUGAACAAGCUGCAGAGGAAUCAAAAGACACCAUUGCAAAUGCCCUUAAGGGUUCAGAUCUGGUUUUCAUAACAGCUGGUAUGGGUGGAGGGACGGGCUCCGGUGCUGCCCCAGUUGUUGCUCAGAUAUCCAAGGAGGCUGGUUAUUUAACUGUCGGUGUGGUUACCUACCCUUUUAGCUUUGAAGGGCGUAAAAGAUCCUUGCAGGCGCUGGAAGCUAUUGAGAAGUUGCAGAAAAAUGUGGACACUCUUAUAGUGAUUCCGAAUGACCGCCUGCUUGAUAUUACUGAUGAGCAGACAGCUCUUCAGGACGCUUUCCUUCUUGCUGAUGAUGUUCUACGUCAAGGAGUGCAAGGAAUUUCAGAUAUAAUCACGAUACCCGGACUGGUGAAUGUUGAUUUUGCAGAUGUGAAAGCAGUUAUGAAAGACUCUGGAACUGCAAUGCUUGGUGUAGGGGUUUCGUCAAGCAAAAACCGCGCCGAAGAAGCUGCUGAACAAGCUACAUUGGCUCCCCUGAUCGGUUCUUCAAUUCAGUCUGCUACCGGAGUAGUAUACAAUAUUACAGGUGGAAAAGACAUAACCCUGCAAGAAGUGAAUAGAGUAUCCCAGGUUGUGACGAGUUUGGCGGAUCCUUCCGCAAACAUAAUAUUCGGAGCUGUUGUAGACGACCGUUAUAAUGGAGAAAUUCAUGUUACUAUUAUAGCCACAGGGUUCUCACAAUCGUUUCAGAAGACUCUGUUAACGGAUCCUAGGGCCGCAAAACUCGUCGAGAAGAUAACAGGGGGUCAAGAAAGCAAGGGAAUUCCGGUUCCCCUCAAUGCAUCAGCAGCACCUUCAUCCAGACCACCACGGAGGCUUUUCUUUUAAAUUCCCUUUCAGAGUUUCUUUUACGUGUAUUUUUCUCUUGUGCUCUUGUAACGAGAUUGAAGUUCAAUCUUUUGAGAUAUCAUGUUUUCUGAGCCCAAUCAUAUAUUGUGUGAUUCUUCGAAGUCUGUAAUUAAGGCGAUAUCGUAGCCAAUAGGAACAAGUUGUAGAUCUUUUGUUUCUAGGACAUGAAAUUAUUGUUCAAAACCAAUGGUUUUAAAUACAAGAGAAAUCAUUUUCCUCU